AUGAUUCAGCCAGGAAAGCCUCCACACGAAGCUUCAUCAUACCGACCAAUAAGCUUGACUCCGAUGCUUUCCAAGCAAGCAUUCGACAGAGUCUGGCACAAAGGUCUAUUCUGCAAAGAGAAAGGUCAACUUCCUCAUCCUCUAUUCCUCAUUAUUAAGUCCUACCUCAAAGACAGGCUUUUUCAAGUAAAACAGAGGGAUGCCAGAUCUACGCUAAGAAAAAUUGAAGCCGGGGUUCCACAGGGUUCUGUUCUUGGGCCCGUGAUCUAUAAUAUAUUUACCUCAGACUUACCGGUAUCUAAGGAAGUGACAGUGGCAACGUACGCUGAUGACAUAGCCUACCUUGCAAGUAGCCAGGACCCUGUAAAGGCUAGUAAUAAGCUCCAACUCCAACUAGAUGAGACUCACUUAUGGAUGAGAAAGUGGCGCAUCCGGGCAAGUGCAGUAAAAUGGAACCACAUCACAUUCACCUUAAGAAGGGGAAACUGCCCUCCUGUCAAACUUGGCUCUGAUGUCUUACCUGAUCUAGAAAACGUAAAAUAUCUGGGCUUUAACUUAGAUAGAAGGCUCACUUGGACCUAUCACAUUAAAAAGAAACGGAAAGAAAUAAAUCAUAGAUUUCGAAACCUCCACUGGCUUAUGGGUAGAAACUCUGCCUUGUCUACAGAUAACAAGCUUCUGAUCUAUAAUGCCCUGUUGAAACCAAUUUGGUCCUACGGACUUCCAUUGUGGGGCUCCGCCAAUAAAAGCAACAUCAUGAUCAUUCAACGCAUGCAAAACAACAUUCUGCGUACUAUUACAAGUGCUCCCUGGUUUUCCAGAAAUGACGAGAUCCACGAGUAUCUUUUUCAUUCAAAUUCGUUUUUCGUUUUUCGUCAUUCGUUCAAAAAGAAAUACGCCGAUAGGCUUUUGGUUCACCCAAAUUCCCUGGCCAAUGAUCUCCUAAAACCUUCUGUAGUGACAAAAAGGCUGAAAAGGAAGGUCGUGUUCUAG